AUGGCAGGAAAAGCAACACAAACGAAACCCCUAAUGGUGGUGAGAAGGAGCAGGCGGUUGGAGGCCCGGAAGGAAGGAGAGAAAGGAGAAGCAUCCGUAGCAGAUGAAAAACGAGAAGAAGCAGAAAAGAAUCUACAUGAGGUGGAGAAGGACGAUGGUGAUAAGGACAUGAUAACGAACGAAUCGAGUAAAACACUCCGUCGAGAGAAGAGGCGAGUAAAGUACCGGUCGGAAAGGCGAGCAGGAACGGCAAGACGAGACAGUCCGGCGAAACGAGAAGACGGACGUGGCAGCAAAAUGGAGGUUGGAAUCUCUCAAGAAGAGGACGCUAAUUCAGAAACAAUAACAACUUCAUCUCGGAAAAGUAUCAUAUAUCGGAAGGAAAGUCCUUAUGAAGAUUACGAGGAAGAGGACGAAUGA